AUGACGGCCAGAGCAGUGCAGAGAGUCGAGUGCAGCGAGCACGAGCACGAGCGACCCACACAGGUCUGGCGCGUCAGCAUCAUGGUCGUCCUUGGAAACCACAAGGGGGACACCGACGACGACGCGGUCAGCGUCCCACCAGCGUCAUCUCAUGCAAAACGAGCCGCGGGUCCUAUUCGCGGGCAAGGCUCGUAUUGUUGCUGUCCAAGGUUUGUCAAGGACAAUUGCCCACUCUUUUGCUUACGACACGCUCUCGUGCAGAAGCCCUUUGCAAGCUGCUUUGAUACAAACUUUGGAAUCUCAGGUCUCAACUGUACCCGGGAAGAUAGCGCCAACGUCUGCGGCGACCAUGGAUCCUGCUCAGUCAGCACCGGCUUGUGCCAAUGCGAUGUUGGUUACUCGGGUCCCACAUGCGCCUUUCCAUCUUGCCACCCGCUCGAAGCCCAACGCCCUGGGUUGAGCGUGCAACUCUUCAGCGACUACAAUCUGCUGACCCCAAUAGCCUUUGCCACUUGGCCUCAAAUCGCCUUCGAGUGGGGAUACGACAGCCCAGAACCGGCCCCCGCCAACAACUUUGGCGUGGUCGCGGCUGGCUUUCUUCGCGCGCAUCAGGACGGCUUUGCGCGCUUUCAAUGUCGCACUCGCAACGGCAACUGCCACCUCUUUCUCAAUGGCACCCUUGUCACCUCCACCACAGACCCCAUUUUUCUGGUCGCGGGACAACCCUUGCGUCUCAAGGCCGAACUUCAACACGCCAGCUACCAGGCCAAUUGGUACCUUGAUUGGUCGGGUCCACACCCCUCGUCAGCCGCCGCCCUGUCGGCUGAACUCGUUCCGAUCCCAGCUACAAACCUGGAACACCGCGUAGCGUGCCCCAACGGCUGCAAUAAUCUUGGUUGCUGUGAAGCCGAUCAACGCUGCGUUUGUCCUGACGGUUACACAGGUCCAAACUGUAACCUCGCCAUCGACCAGCAAAACUGUGGUGAUGCUUUUCCCCAGCUACCUUAUACCCCAGCAGGCUUGAACAUGGCCGUGUUCUCCCCUGCCAGUGGUAAUGCACCCGCCAUUGCCAACCUGACGAAUCAAGAAGCUGCCUUUUCCUUCAGUGCUGCUCCCGCCGGAGCGAGCAGUGGAUGGUCUGCCGUCCUCUACGGCCAAAUCCAGAUUGACACCACGGGUUGGUAUACGUUUCAAAUCACUCCCUCAGGUGGCCGUGCCUCUCUCGUCAUUGGGCCGCAUCCCGUCAUCUUGCCAGCCACCAGCGCCGAGUCGAGCCCGCGAUCAGUUUUCCUGACGGGUAACCGACGUUACAACAUUCACAUUGGCUUCAGCUCCAGCCGUACUGCUCCCACCAGUCUUCAAGUAUUGUGGACAAGCCCAGACAACGCUACCCUUCAUGCCAUCUCGUCAGAUCAGCUACUGGCCCCUACAAGUGGAACUUGGUGUGGCUACCCCGACUUUAUCGACUGUAAUCAUGCUGGUAUAAACGUCAACGGCGCUUGUGUCUGCCCAGCCUUGUAUAUUGGUGCCUCGUGUGAGCACUUUCGGUGCCGAUCGGAUGAGUGCCGUUUUACAGAUGCGUGCCACGACCCAGCCUACGGUAGCCAGGACGCCGAGUGCAACGGACAGGGCCGCUGUGUGGCAGGACUGUGUGAAUGCUAUGACGGGUUUGUGGAUCUGAGCCAAUGCACGCGGACGGGCUGUGCCACGGACGAGGGGUGCUCGGGACAUGGAAGCUGUGGCAGCGACGGGCAGUGCGUGUGCGAGGCCGGAUACAUGGGCGAGGCGUGCGAGCUGAGCGUGUGUGGGAACGAGCGGGCGAUUGUGCCGGGCUUGUAUGCGACGUACUAUGAGGGAUAUGCGUUUGAUGAGCGGCGGAUAGGGCUGGCGGUGCCGGAGGUGGCGUUUGACCUGGGCAACGGCGGGCCGAGUCCGGACGUGUCUGUGGACGACUUUAGCGCGACGUUUGUGGGGUUUGUGCGGCCAACGACGACGGGCUGGUAUCGGUUUCGGCUGCGGUGUACCAAUGGGGCCUGCGGCAUGUAUCUGAACCAGAGCGCUUAUGCGGACUCUGGCAACGGGCUUUUGCUUGUGGGCGGCGAGUCGGUGCGCGUGAAGCUGGAGUGGCAGCAUACGAGCUACGGCACGACGGCGGUGUUUGAGUGGCAGGGUCCGUAUGAGAGCGCUGCGGUGGCGCAGGGCGCGGACGAGUCGCUGUUUGUGGGAGUACCGUCGCAUGCGCUGUUGCAUGAGGUUGUGUGUACGGGGGGCUGCGGGGGGCGCGGGUGUUGCGUGGCACCGGAGACGUGUGCAUGCGAGCCCGGUUAUACUGGGCCUCAAUGUGAGUUAGCCGAAGCGUCCUGUUCUGGGUCGACAUUUGAUCAAACCUUGAGCCCCGGCCUUCAGUUUCGCGCAUUUGAUGGCAUCUUGGAAGAUGCUGUCACCUCUGCUUAUCCUGCUGAGGUGGGUCGUGCAGCCACCAUCAAUUUUGAUUACGGCUAUGAUAGUCCAGGGCCCUCCGUUCCUGCCGACUACUUUACUGCCGUGUGGUCUGGACUGGUGAAACCACCACAAUCGGGCUGGUACACCUUUCGUGUUUGGACAAGUGGCGUUGUGGCCCGCCUGUUUGUCGGAAACGUCAGGCUCAUCGACUGGACGACCGGCUGGUCCCAAGCCAUCCAUCUUGCUCAGGAUCGGUAUUACCAAAUCCGUUUUGACAUUCAAGAAGAGACGUUCACAGCUGCAGCCCGCCUCUACUGGGAGGGGCCUGGCUUCAUGGAGCAUCUGGUGCCCUCCUCUGCGCUUUUUUCACGGAGCGACAACAACAUGUGCAGUUGCCCUUUGAAUUGUACAUGGAGCAGCCAAGGCACCUGUCUCAAUGGCCUUUGCAGCUGCCGUCGUGGCUUCACCGGCGACACUUGCGCGGAGCUUCGAUGCCGAGCGGACGAUUGUCUCUUUCAUGACAACUGUUUUCAUCCUGCCUUUGGGUCGGCGUACGACGAGUGUGGUGGUGAAGGCGUGUGUAUCAACGGCCAGUGUCAGUGUGAUGCCAACGCUGCCACAGCGAGCAAUGUCAGCAGCAGUAAUAGCGGCAACCCAAGCCACAAUGCCUCUCUCACAACGUUUACGGACUUUCACUGCUCCGCUGCAGCCUGCCCUGGAGAUAGCACGUGCGGCGCGGGCGGCACAUGUGGCGCACACGGCUGUAGCUGUUCAGUCAAUGCCUCUGGCAACGCUUGUCAAUACGCCAGCUGCGCACACAGAGCCGGUAUACGUGCUGGCGUGCGUGUGACAUACUUUGAUGAUGUAUCCAUGCAUGCGCCCACAGCAAGCGGGUUGCUCGCAACGACGGCCGCCGAGUGGGACCAUUCGCCGUGGCCGUCAAUCGGCGCUGAUGGUUUUGCUGUGCAGCUUCGUGGGUUGCUUUUGUUUCCUGGUGCGGGAUGGUACCGCGCCCGCUGCACUGAGUCGCAGGUGACGUGCACCUGGCAACUCGGGGAUGCAGGCUCUGUGGGGCCCGUUCGCCUUGAUGCCACAACUGCGAGCCGAUGGGCUCCAUUUCAUAUCAACGUUUCUCACACAACAUCGGUGGCUGCUUUUGCUUGGGAGGUGGCCGGUCCCUUUGACACCGAAGCAGCUGCGGCCAACGCCUCCCGCUUUUGGCAGCCCGCCAACUGGCAACUGGGUCACGACAUUACGUGUGGUGGGUGUGUGCAUGGGUGCUGUCAAGCUGAUGGGGUCUGCAUGUGCGAGCCGGGCUGGUCUGGUGCCCUGUGCAACGAGCCACUGCCGUCGUGUGACGCCAUCGAGAGUGAAACCGUUGUCACAGGCGCCAUUGUGCGGUACUAUACCGAUCGUACCUUUAGCACUCUAGUUGCAACCGACCGCAUUCUGCACCUUGAAUCAAACUUUGGCUCGGAGGCACCUUAUUCUGGUGUCCCCAGUGACUACUUUGGGGUGCGCUACGAAGCAUUCUUCACACCGCCCCAUGACGGUUGGUAUCGGUUUGACUUGGUCACCAACUCCAUGGAGGGUCUUUUGCGCGUGGCCGGACAGCUCGUACUUCCAAUUUCCUCUGGAUGGAGUGCCAGCGUGUACCUCGCAGGACAAGUGCCUGCACCGUUAUUGCUGGAAAUUUACAAGACGACCCAAUACAGUUGCAGUUUCCAAGUUACGGUGCAAGGAGAGAACAGUUACAGUCAAUUCCUGGAUGGAACAAAUCUGUUGUACUACCCCGGAGCUUGCGGCUGCUUGCCGUGCGACCUCGCUGUUGUCAAUGACCAUGCACCUGUCUUCAGCUCAGCGUCCAUGGCCGUUCUCGUGGUUCGUGAGCAUGAAGUCGGCUCCCAUCGCUGGCUGGAGGCCACUGAUCCUGACACAGGAGAUGGGUUUGGUCUUCAAUAUAUCCUCGUCGACGAUCCCUCGGGCUGUUUCAGUCUGGACGAGACGACGGGACAGCUCAGUCUGUUGUGCGCCCUCAGCAAGGCCACCCACCCCGAGGGCUUUGUCCUGGAGGUUGCUGUGGCGGACUCGGGGUCUCCUGCUCGCAAUGUGACUGGUCUUCUUGCCGUGGUGAUCGAGUGUGCUUUGGGGUUUACCGGCGACGCUUGCUCAAGCUGUGCUGCGGGCUACGGCGGCUCUACUUGCAAACCCUGCGUUCCUUGCUCAGCGCGUGGCGUCUGUGGAGAAGGCGGCAGCUGUGUGUGUGUAAACAACACAUUUGCGGGAGCUGCUUGCGACGAAUGCGUCGAUCGUCAUUAUGGGGAGGACUGCUUGCCCUUGCCAUGGGUUGCUAGCCUCUCACCUCCAGUCGGCCUAGAUUACGGUGGCACCAGAGUGGUGCUGAUGGUACACAACAUGCCGGCCGAGCGCAGUCAAGUUGUGUGUAAGUUUGGCACGCUGACAAGCACAGCCGCCGUUCUCGACGAUGAGCACGUUGCUUGCCAGACACCCCGGCAAGAACCGGCCUCAGUUCAAGUGCGAGUGUCCUUUGACGGCGGAGAAACCUUUGUUGGCCCUGCUACGGGUCUGGCUUUUACCUACGUUGGAGAUUGUCCUCAAACGGACUGCCCUCCAUCGCGGGCCUACUGCGUCUUUGGCGAGUGCUACUGCCGGCUGCAGUACUUUGGAGAUCGGUGUGCUCAGGAGUAUGUGCGCCCCGUGAUUCGACCCAUACCUUCGGGCACUUUGUUGCCCGGCGAUCGUUUCUCCCAGCGUUUGGAACUGCAAGCCGGAAACGGAGAGAUCCACUGGGUCUUGAUGGACGGCCCAAACGGCGCCUUUAUUGACGGGAAUACAGUUGUCUGGCCAGUUGCCACGAGUGCUUCGGAGCCGCACGAGUUUCUGGUGCAGGCGCGCAACUCUUUUGCAGCCGGUGUUGCAGCCUGGGAUGUGGAGGUACCGUUUCCCUACACGACGAGCAUUUUGUCGACGGGGGGUGCGGGUAUUCGGGGAGCACCAGUCCAAAUUGUGUUAGCGGGGGUGGUGUCCAAAACUCAUCCUAGAGUGUCCCUGGGUAGUCUAAAUGACCUUGGCGUUCGAAUCUGGGUGCAGCAACUAAGCGGUCCUGCAGUGCGUCGUCGCCGUCGAAGCGUUUCACAAGCCUCCGUUUUAACGGCAAAGACAAACUCGACCGGUCACUUUUCCGUGCAGCUCAGCUUGUCCAACAUCGGGGCUUAUUCCCUUGGCGUUUCGCAUCCCAAUGCCACAUCGCCAGAGGACUCGACUGUGGUUGAGGUGGCAGGCUUGGAAAGCUCGCUGUCAGCCGUGCAAUUGUCACUCGAUUCCGGCUUCAAUGGCUCACUGUUUUUGGCACGCAUCACAAAUCCUUCUUCUGUGGCCAUUGAUCAGCUUCACGUAGCCCUAGCGGGUUUGUACGGUGCCAGCAUCCCUCAAGGCAUACGUCUCACCGCUUCCGUACAUGAGGAAUCUUUAAUGGCUGGGUCUUUUACCGACUUGAGUUUGCAUGUUUCGUCGGCGCCAACCUUUGCAGGCACCCUCGUGCUGGGUGUGCGGGUCACUGAGGCCAAGUAUGGUGUGUUUGUUCCAGUAACGGUGGUGGUGACCUUUACCCCGCCCCGCGCCCAGCUUGAAAUAUCGACGACUUAUAUGGCUGUCACAGCCGUGAGAAAUGUGUCAACGAGCCGCGUCGUCACUCUUCGAAACGUCGGAAGUACGAGCACGCCCCCACUAGUGGUGGUAUUGCCCGAAGGCCACUCGCUGCUCUCCACCACGACGGCCACCAUCCCCAGCCUCGCGGCAAAUACGAGUCUGCAAAUUGGUCUGGUGUUCACGCCGCAGGCGGAUGCCACCCUCCAACGCGACACGGCCACCGUGGUCGUGCGAUCCGCCGCCACAAGCACAUUCCUGAACUCUGUUCAAGUACAGAUCGACUACGUGGUAGCCAGCACUGCGACCUUUGACGUCGCCAUCGUCGUGGAGGAUGAGUAUACAUUUUUUGCAGAAGGUGCGCCAAACGUGUCAGAUGCAGUGGUGCGCCUGGUGGGGCAAAGUCGAGCCUUCAGUCGAGUGCUGACGACCGGUCCCAAUGGCACCGUCAUAUUUCGCAAUGUGCCCGAGGGCACGUAUCAAGUCAGCGCGCAAGCCUUGGGUCAUGACGUUGACUCUGCUGUGAUUCGUGUCAACGACAAUUUGGGGUUGACACCUUUGUUUUUAGCUCGCAAGACCGUCAGCUACAUCUGGUCAGUCAGCCCGACUCAGAUUGACGACGAGUAUAGCUUCACGCUUGAAGCCGUCUUUGAGACGCGCGUUCCCGUGCCUGUGGUGACCAUCGACCCCAUUUUCGUGGACGUGGACCGCUUGGCAUAUGGAGACAUUGAGCAGAUUGACUUUAUCAUUACCAACCACGGUCUGAUUGCAGCCGACGAGCCUCGCCUAUCCUUGCCAAGCGUGCAUCCAAACGUGCAGCUUAUACCCCUCUACGAGCCCGUGAAUCGCCUACCAGCGCAGACCACCAUCAUCUACUCCUACGAGGUGAUUGUAUCAGAUGGCAACGCCAGCACGGCCCGCAUGCGACGAGCUGACAACGAUGACGAUGAAAGCGAUGACCGAGUGGCUAGCUUCGCAGAUGGCGACAACGGCCUCUACGAUGAUGAUGACAAUACCACCAUCUCCAAUCCCUCUGAUGACGACGACGGCAAUGGUGGUGGUGGCAGCAACGAUGACGACGGGCCUGGCGGUAACGGGGGAAAUAAUGGCGGUGACAAUGGCGGUGACAACGGAGGGAACGACGGGGGCGGCGGUGGCUCAGGUGGCCCCGGUGAAGAGGACCGAUUCAUCUGUGGUGGAAGAGCUGGCCUCUUCACUUACUCCUUUCAAUGUCGUGGCACGGAAACUCGAGGCACGACCAUCGAGCUUCGGCAGGGCAGAGUCGGCAGCGUUCGCCCAAGCUUUUGUGGAGGAGCUCGAUCCGUGGCUCGUACCGCUGGGAACGGCGGCGGCCGGGUCACUGGUGUAGGUAAUACGAUUGGGGGCGGCUGUGGCGACUUUUGCUCAAUGGGCGACGUUGUGGCCAACUGUAUGGGCAAUACAUGCCUCGGAUCUGCAGCGGCUGCGGCGCUGAGUUUAAAGUGCCAAAAUGCCAAGGACAUGGCCAAGCGCAUCCCACGUGCCUUGAUUGACUGCCUCAUUGGUGGCUGCCCGGGUGCUCUUCUCAACGUUCCAUUCUGUGAUGCCAACGCUCUUGGCAUUAUUCAAUGCGCCGGCAAUAUUGUCCUUGGUUGUACCGGCCCCUAUGGUCGUUUGGCGGAGGCUGCUUUUGCUGGAGCCAUUUGCAUGGCAACCAUUGGCUCAACAAUCAGUGCUGGAGGCUUGCGUCGGCGUCGUGACAUGACGCCAUCAUUUUGGGAGGUGGUGCGUCGAGAUGCGGACGAAGAUCUUGCGGCUGAGACAGCUUACCAGGCUGCUCAGUGGUUGGAGAACUACGCGCUCUUCCUGCAUGCCGUCUUUGGCGCCGGCAACGACACAUUGGCCUUCAGCUACGACCCAUCAUUUCAAGCGACACACUUUAUGCCUGCCUUGGCAGAGAGUGGAGACAUGGGGGCUCUUGUGUCUGAAAGCGAGCUUCAAAGCCUGAUGACGGCCCUGCCAGCUGAUGUGAAUGCUAGCAAGGCGCGCGCAUGGUAUGAGAAGUACAACGCUACCGCAGCUGCCUGGAUUGCUGGGAGUCUUGACAUUGCAGAGGAGUCGCUUUUCAAUCUCACGGAGAUUGAACAUCGGUUUGAGCAGUUGCGAAGCGACUCAUCAUCGGCGCGCAUGCUGGGGUACCCUGAUAUUCUAAGCGCAUAUCACGGCGCGGUCGAGUCGUUUCGAGUGGCGCGAGACGCGGCGGCGCGUAAAGCUGGCGUCUGUGCCAAGGUCACCAUCAUGAUUGAGCAGGAGCUGGUUCUGACCCGCUCGGCGUUUGAAGCUCGCCUUCAAAUUUCCAAUGAAGAUGCUGAACCUUUGACGAACAUUAGCGUGCAGUUUGUGAUCACGCAUGUUGCCACCGGUGCUGUGGCACUGCACGUCUUUGAGAUUGGCAACGUCAGCUACCUGGGUGAUUUGCAACCCAUGGCUGGGCAAGGGGCAGACUUGCCAAGCACUGGCGUAGGCACUGCCACGUGGCUGAUGAUUCCCAAUCGGCUGGCUGCGCCCUCGCCCUCCAUGGAGGAGUAUUACGUCGGUGGGAUGUUGUAUUACACGAUUAAUGGCAUUCGGGUCGAGGUGGAACUUUUUCCUGACACGAUCGUGGUGCAGCCUGAUCCUCGGAUGACGGUGCAUUACUUUUUGCAGGAGUACGUUGUCUCUGACGAUCCUUUCACUGACGUGAAGGAAGCAGCCCAGCCGGCGACCUUGGCCGUUGUGGUGCACAACCACGGCAACGGCACCGCUAUAGGACUAUCGGUGUCCUCCCAGCAGCCUCAGAUCACGGAGAAUGAAAAAGGCUUACUUGUCGGGUUUGAGCUUCAGAGCACAAGCUUGAAUGGUGUGCCUGUCACCCCGCCGCAACUCGAGGACGUGGACGUGGGCAGUUUGGCGCCCGAUACUAGCAAGGUCGUGGCAUGGGAGGUCAUGACCACACUUCAGGGUCGCUUUACCAAAUUCGAGGUUGACAUGAAGUACAGCAACGUGCUUGGCAAGCCCGAGCUGGCUCUCGUCGAGUCUGUGAGCGCGUACAAACUGUUGCACAUGGCUGCGGUCAGCAGCGGCUUUGAUUUUGUGGUCCGCUCGCCGAGCAUCAGUGGUCUGUUUUGCCUCAUUCACAGCUGGGAGCCACGUUCCGUCAUCCCAUUGGCCAAUCCCACGGGCGAGGUGGAGAUGGUUUUUAACGCCUCGUCGCGCGUGGGUACCUUUGCAUCACAGACCCUUGUCACGGGCCCCCGCUUGACCCAGGUUGUGCUGCCGGGUCGAUUCAAGGCCACCCGCGUGUCGCGCAGCGUUGAUGGAACACGUGUCGAUUUGCCCGUCUCGAGCUUCUGGGUUAUUCAUGUGACGGAUCACUUUCAGCGGCGUCGCCGCAACGAUGCCGGCGUGACCACGAGUACACUGUAUGUGGUGGACUCGGACAACAAUCUCUCGCCGCGAGUCUUUGAUUACGAGGCCCAGCUGGCGCCCGACCCGGUGGAAAUUGCUAGUAAUGCAACCUCGACCACCUCAAAUCCAACAACCACAUCGAGUGACGGAUCAAGCGUUUCGCCAUCUGCUUCAAGCACGAUCAACUCGAUGACAACUCUGCGUGAUGGUACAAUUCAGCAGCCUGACUCAACUUUGUUCCCCAAUCCAUCAUCAACAAAGGCUGGUGGUGCCGGCGCCGAUCAGAGUGGGGGUGGUGGAGGCGGCAGUAGCGUAGGCAUUGCUGUUGGAGUUGUCAUCGUCAUUGUGGUUCUUGUGGUGAUUGUAGUCGUGUACAUUCGCCAUCGUCGCGCGAGUGCCCACACAGUGUUGGAGAAACCGCAAGCGAGCAAACACACAAGCUAUGCAAACCCCACCUACGCUACAGCUGGUUUGGACGUAGCCGAGGAUGACGAUGCAAACUCCUCAUACAUUUAAAACGCCACGGAAAAGCCGCUUGGCGCACCACAUUGUGACUCCUUUGCAACGCUAGCGACGGACCUCCAAAUGGAUUCAUGUACAUACUUGUACCCGAUUGUGUUGUGCUUCCUCUUCACAUGCAUGAGCAAAUUCUUUUGUUUAACGCGGAAAUUUACGCAAAAUUGUG